GCUGAAGAUGAAAUAGAGGCUCGCUCUCAAGAGGCCUCUACGCUGGCAGACCUGCUCCGUCGCUAUGAGGCUGGUGAGUAUGGCCUUGCGGAAGCGAUUUCUGAGCUCAAAGCAGCUCGUGCUGAAUUAGCUGCUAGAGAGCGUCAAUUGGAGGAAGUCUGUCGAGCAGCCAGUCGGGCUGAGAUGGCAGUAAAUGAAACUGUCGCAGAGAACGAAUUUCUCCGUCGAAAGCUGAACAUUGCUCCUGAAGAGCAGAUUGAUUUAGAUGGAUUCAAGCGUCAAAAAAUGGCUCAACAAGAAGAAGAGCGCUCUUUGAACCUUGUACUGCAAAAAGAGAUUGAAGCCUUGGAGGACGAGCGUUUGGCAUUGAAACGUCAACUACGAACUCUGGCUCGUAAGACUGGAAAUGAAGCUGGGACUCGUGGAGAGUUCGUCGACGAUGCUCUCAUCUCUGGCUGGGGCAUAAGCUGUCCAGAAGGCGAAGAGAAUCUGGCUGGGUUUAAUCAGAGCAACGCAAUGCGUGAGGUUGUUUUAAUCCAGGGUGGACUGCAGUUUCGACCUCGCAUUGAUCUUAUCAACACCCUCAGCAAGAGUCGAACCGCGGCAGUGCAGGACGGUAGCUUGACACUCUAA